AUGCUCCACGCCGAGGGCCACGCUCUGCUGCGGGCCGUGGGGCAGGGCAAGCUGAGGCUGGCCAGGCUGCUGCUGGAGGGGGGCGCCUACGUCAACGAGGGGGACGCCCAGGGGGAGACGGCGCUGAUGGCCGCGUGCCGGGCGCGCUACGACGACCCCCAGAGCCGGGCCCGGAUGGUCCGCUACCUCCUGGAGCAGGGCGCCGACCCCAACAUCCCGGACAAGCUAGGCCGCACGGCCCUGAUGCACGCCUGCGCCGGGCGGGCCGGCCCCGCCGUGGCCGCCCUGCUCCUGGCCCACGGGGCCGACCCCUCGCUCCGCGACCACGCCGGGGCCUCGGCCCUGGUGCACGCCCUGGACCGCGGCGACCGCGAGACCCUGACCGCCCUGCUGGACGCCUGCAAGGCCAAGGGCACCGAGGUCAUCAUCAUCACCACGGACACGUCGCCGUCGGGGGCCAAGAAGACCCGCCAGUAUCUCAACUCGCCCCCGUCGCCGGGGGCCGGGGCCCCGGCCUCGCCCGGCCCCGGCCCGGGGCUCUGCGCCUCCCCGUCGGAGGUCCAGCUGCAGGCCGGGCCCGCCGGCGGCGACGCGGAGGGCGGCCGGCGCCGGGGGGAGGACGAGGAGGAGGGCGAGGAGGAGGAGAAGCAAGACGUGUUUGACUUCCCGCUGCCCGGGCCCAAGCCGCCGCACGAAGACCCCCGGGCCGCCCCGGCCCUCGUGGCCCCCGAGCCCCUGCCCCGAGCCCCCCGCCCCCCGCCCAAGCCCUUCAAGAGGCUCAACUCGGAGCCCUGGGGCCUGGUGGCGCCGUCCGUCCCGGCCGGGCCCGGAGAGCGGGCCGGGGGCGACCGCCUGGCCACCGAGUUCAACGGGCUGGGCCUGAACCCCAGGCCCCGGCUCGCCCGCCGCCACAGCACCGAGGGGUCGGAGAAGCCCCCUCCGUGGGCUGAGAAGAUGGCGCACGCCCCCCCGUCGUCGUCGUCGUCCUCCUCCUCCUCGUCCUCGUCCUCCCACGCCGGGGGACCCCUUCCCCGGCGCAAUACGGCCCCCGAGGCCCAGGAGUGCGGGGGUCCCCGGCCCCCCCCGCCCCCGGGGCUGCGAGCCAAGCUGAGCCGGCUGGAGGCCGCGGAGCCCGAGCCCGCCUCGCCGGCGGCGGCGGCGGCGGCGGCGGCCCCCGACGCGGGCCGCCCGGCCCCCGAGCAGCGCCGCCGCUACGCGGCCUCGCCGCUGCCCCUGCCCCCGUCCCCCCGGGCCUCGGUGGAGACCCUCCCGGGGGCCGUGUCCCCCCUGAGCGGGCGGCGGCGGAGCCCGGGCCUACUGGAGCGACGGGGCUCCGGCACCCUGCUCCUCGACCGCAUCGCCCACACGCGCCCGGGCUUCCUGCCCCCGCUCAACGUCAGCCCCCACCCGCCCAUCCCCGACAUCCGCCCCCUGCCCAACGGCAGGCCCCCCUCGCCCCCCGUCGUCCCCGCCGCGGCCCACCCGGUGCCCCGGCCCCUCCUCGCCGCCCACGGCCCGGGCCCCGGCUCCCCCAGGGCCAAGAGGAAGCUAGUGAGGCGCCACUCCAUGCAGACCGAGCAGAUCCGACAGCUCGUCAACUUCCAGAGCUUCCUGGGGCCCGGGGACCCCGGCCACUGAGGCGGGGAGGGGACGGGACGGACGGACGGAGGCCCGGCCCCGUCUCGCCCGGCCCUGGGCCUCGCACGCACAAACUCCCGAAUCCACCCGAGAUCUUCCCGUCUCCCCCGCCCCCCGCCCGCCCUCUCCCCUCGCCCCCCUCGGGGGCUGGAUGGAGCCUGACGGAGGAGGAUGGGGAAGGCGGAGCGGGGGGCACCCCGCACGCACAACCCGGCUUCCCGACCCUCUCCCCGUGACAGUCUUCCCUAGCCGUCCAUCCUUCCCGAGCUCUACUACUGCUGCUUCCCGGCCCUCUCCCCCAUUCCCGGGGGGCGGGCGGAGAGGGGUUCCCUGUCCCGACAGCUCCGUCCUCUCCCUCGGGGCCGAGGCGGGUCGCCCCCGUCACCCCAAAUCCAAACGUCUUCGGCCAUCUCCGUCCCUUCCCCGCGUCCGGGUCCUCUCUCUGAGGGGGCGAGGGUAGGCCGGAGCUGACCCUUGGCGGUCCCUCCGCAAGAUCUGGGGGUGUCUCCGCGGACCCCCCCGUCCCUUCCCGCCUCGCCUCGCCCCCCACACCCCUCGAACUCUGGGCUGGGAUGAGGCGGGGUGGGCCCCCCGCCUUGUCUCGAGGAUUUCGAAGCACUUUCGGCCACCCUCCUUCCUCCCCUCGGGGUGGUGAUGGGAGGUCAACCCGUCCCUCCCCCUGCCUCCGAGUACUGUAUUAGGGUUCCUCGUUUCCCUUGAGAUUCCGGUCUAUCUAUGGAAUUUUCUCUCCGGCCGGCCUCCCUCCUCCGUGGAGAGUGGGAGCCCCGUGCGGGCCAGGGCUGCGUCUUGAUCGGUUUCCGAAGUACUCCAGCACUUAGUUCAGUGCUUUGCAUAAUGUAAGCGCCUAAUAAAUGUGAUG